AUGAAUGCGUCUCUCCGGACCGUAUGCCUCGGUCUUGCCAAUAUCCUCCUGAUUGCGGCACUGCUCAUCUUUGCACGAGGCUUCUUUCCACACAAGGCCUUCUUGCCAGGACUUGCGACAUGGCCUUCGGACUCACUUGCCGCUGCAAGGACAGCACCAUUUGACCGCGUCAUUUUUAUGGUUGUGGACGCCUUACGAAGCGACUUCGUCUAUGGCAACGCCUCCAGCUUCCAUUUUACUCAGAGCUUGAUCCGGUCUGGCGAUGCGGUACCAUUUACUGGCCAUGCCAGUCCUCCGACAAUCACCAUGCCACGCGUCAAGGCCAUCACGACAGGCUCCGUGCCCAGCUUCGUCGACCUCAUUCUCAAUUUCGCCGAGUCGGACACGACUUCGACUCUCAGAGACCAAGACACCUGGCUCGCUCAGCUGCGGGCCAAGGACGGCAAUCUCGUCAUGUACGGCGACGAUACCUGGCUGCGUCUCUUUCCCGACUUCUUCCGUCGAGCAGAUGGGACCACGAGCUUCUUCGUUUCUGAUUUUACCGAGGUCGACAACAAUGUCACCAGGCAUAUUCCGACAGAGUUGAUCAUGGAUGAUUGGUCGGCAAUGACACUGCAUUUUCUCGGCCUCGACCACAUUGGGCACAAGACCGGUCCCAAGGGACCCAAUAUGCCGGCUAAGCAGGCUGAAAUGGAUUCUAUUGUGAGAGACAUUUACACUGCAAUGGAGCAGGAAGAACACCUCAAGUCAUGUUUGCUAGUCCUUCUUGGGGACCACGGCAUGAAUGAAGGAGGCAAUCACGGCGCUUCCUCUCCGGGAGAAGUGUCCACAGCUCUCACGUUCAUCUCUCCAAAGUUCAAGUCCGCGUUUGAAGGACGAACAAGCCCAGUCGAUAAUGCGGUAGACUACCAAUACUAUGACGUUGUCGAACAGUCGGAUAUUGUACCUACUCUCGCUGCCCUCCUGGGUUUUCCCGUCCCUCUAAACAAUUUAGGAGUGAUUAUCCCUUACCUACUGGAGCUCUGGACGCGUCCUGAAGAUCAACAUGCCUUACUGUACGAGAAUGCGCAGCAAAUACACCGGGUUGCAGAAGCAACGUUUCCAAACAGUUUCGAGGGGCAGUUAUCGCCCGAGGACUGCUCAGUGACUUCCGGAGACGACCCUCAUAUCCUUGCCUGUCUGUGGCAGCGGGUUUGUGCAGAGCACAAUGUCGCUACGCUAGCAGCUACUGGCUCCGCCUCGGCCAGCAACAAUCUCAAGUCCUUUCUCUACAAGGCGCAGAAUCUUCUAAGUGGCACCGCAAGCAACUAUGACCUCAUCAGCAUGCAAAUCGGGAUCGGGUUGAGCACAGUUGGAUUCGCGUUGUGCCUGCCUCAUUUUCUGAAGGGGAUACUCCAAGCCGGCUUUGAUGGGGCUUUUCUGCUUUUGGUCAUGCUAUCCUACGCAAUCACCAUGUUUGCGAGCAGUUACGUGGAGGAGGAGCACCAAUUCUGGUAUUGGACUCUCGCCGGCUACCUUGUCAUCCUUUACUGCAAGGAUAACAGAUUCGAGGUCACAGGCAGUAACAGCAGCCCCCAUGCCCUAGUGGGUGGCGCAACAGGCACGGCGCUCGCAACCAUCCUGUUUGGGAUGGCCCGCCGAUGGAGACAGACCGGUCAGAAGUAUGCUGGAGAAGCUGAUAUCAUCAGCGAGGUGGUCGUACCCAACGCUUGGGUGCUGUGGUUGCUCGUCAUGCUUACAUAUGCCGUACUCUCCCGCAAUCUCAGCCGCCGUACGGGCGUCUGGAUGGGUUCGCCGCGGAUGGGCGUCUUGCCGGCACUCAUCUCUAUCUCCGCGUUCCUGUUCAAGAUCGCUUUCACCGCGGCGGACGCACCGGAGUUGUUGGCUUCCUUCCCAGUCCUCAAUCCCCUGGUGGGCUUCGUCUCAGCAUAUCCGCUGGUGAGCCUUGCGCGAGUCGUUUUCCUCGGCCUCCUCCAACUUCUCGGAUGCGCAAUCUACUACGAAGCUCCUUGGAAGGGCGCUAAGCAUCUCGAAAGAUUUCUCACAGCAUUUCAAGAUGUCCUAUCUCUGUUUCUCAUCACGCAAACAAGAACGGUGUAUGUGCCGUUGUUCCUGUUCUUCAACACUCAAUUAUGUCUACUCCGUCGUCGGAGGUGCCAUUCCAUCACCGAAACUGCCACCCUUGCGCUAUUGUUCCAGUACGCCUCGUUCUUCGCUUUCGGAGGCACAAAUUCCAUCUCGACAAUUGAUCUAUCCAAUGCAUACAACGGCGUAAGCGGGUACAACGUUGGUGCCGUGGGUAUCCUCACUUUCGUCAGUAACUGGGCUGGCCCGAUCUGGUGGGCUUUUGGCACAUGCCAAUUGUUCAGCACUGCCCAGCUUGGAAGCGGCAGUUGUUCAUUCCUCUCCACGGCGCUGACAACAUUUGCAUGCAUCCAUACCCUGUCAGUCAUGGUCGCCUGCAUGGUUCUCCGAGAACACCUGUUCAUCUGGACCGUCUUCUCACCGAAGUACCUCUAUACGGCCGCUUGGGUCGUGGGCCAGCAAAUCUUCGUCAAUGUGUUGGCGGUGGGGACUCUGCUGUGGCGAGGAAGUGAGUAG